AUGCUCGGUCUUCCCGAGAUCGUAGGGCCCUACCCCGUUGGCGCUACCACCUUCGUAGUACAAGCGAAACGGCCCCUAGUAAUUGGCAGUUCGCGAGUUAGGGGUUCCACGAGCGCUAUACCUAGUGCUCUUGGCGAAAUUCAACCAGCACUCAAGCUCGAGGAAAUCGCAUUCACCGCAUUCUACCCCGCGCAAACCGACGAGGGCAGACAUGGCUGGCUUGGGUGGCUCGCCAGUAAGCCGAAAAGGGGGCUGGACUGGUUAAUCCGGCCCAUACACGAGACUUUGGAAGGUUACCACCACUUUGGUGGUACACCUUAUCCCGCUUGGCUCGGUGCGGUCAUACGACCUGCGCUGACCAUCGGAGGGUCGUUCAUCAAGAUCCCCGUGUAUGUGAACGCACCGCUGCUCGCUCCUGAAGAUAAAUCGUGGCCUUUGGUCAUAUUCUCACACGGGCUAUCAGGCAGCCGAACGACAUACAGUCACAUAUGUCAACGCAUGGCUUCUACUGGUCGGGUAGUUCUCGCCAUUGAGCACCGUGACGGCAGCGGCCCUGCAGUGUUUCCGCGUUCGUCGGAUUCAGGCCAAAUAUAUACCAAGUACUACAUCAAACCGGAGGAGGUGAUAUGGCCGCCCGAAAUGGACAUGAACAGCGAUCCUCUCCGACUGCGAGACGAUCAGUUAGAGUUCCGUCGCCACGAAAUUUACGCUGCGUACUCGGCAUUCAAAGUCGCGUUGGAGACACCUUCCGCCUCUCGCCCGUCGUCCGCAAGCGAAGCGAGCCACGGAUUGCGCACUAUCGACGGCUCUCGAAUAGACUGGGCGAGCUGGUAUCGAAAAUCCGACACUAAUUCCCUUCCGCAGGUGAACUGCGACGACUUCGUCCUCACCGGGCAUUCGUUCGGCGGGGCGACUGUCUUCUCCGUUCUUUCGCAUCCGCCUCCUUCACCAUCUAUACUCUCUUCAGACGGUUCAGAUGCCUAUCAGACUCUGCCUAUACGCAGUGCCGUGAUUCAGGAUCCAUGGCUCGAACCUAUCCCGGAUCCUGGCCCUGUACCGUAUCAGCCGAGACUCGGCUCGUCCAUUGCGACACCGAAGCUCCUGGUGUUGCAGAGCGAGGGUUUCACGCUAUGGAGAACUCAUUUCGAGCGUUUGAGGAAGACAGUGAAACAUUGGAAGGGAGGUAGAGUGUUGACCCUUGUACGGGCGCAGCAUAUUUCUUUCAGUGAUUUUCCAUUGCUGAUACCCGACCGGUUCAAUGAUACACCAGCCUUGCCGCUUGCACAACUAAUCGACAGGCUCGUGCUGGCUUUCUUGGACGGUAAGAUGGACAUGGACAAUGGUGAAGAGCAGCCCAACUUACAUCUUGGCGACGAGAUGCAGGAUAUACGGACAAGACCAAUGGAGGUGGUGAAAUCUGAAAGCAGAACUCAUGAUUCUUACGGAUGGAAAGACAAGCUCGUUGGGGAACCAGGGGAUGUGGUGGUGCACUGA